UCUCCUGGGGACACAAUGUUCUUGAACAAGCCUUCCUCUGACACUUCCCAUGGGGUCCAGGAGAGGAUGAAACACUGUCAGGAGAUGGAGAAAUCAUUUCUUCACCUUGCACAGGGUCCUCCCUGCCCACUGCUCAGCAGUCCUGUGAGGCCACAGCAGGGUCUGAGGCAAGUCCUCCUCACAGGCUGGGAGGAGGGCAGGGAUGGAGCGGGGUAGGAAGACUCCUGGUUGAGUGAUUGCAUCAGGCCCUGGCUAAGCAUAAAAGGAGGGUCCCUCAGGCUGGGAGGAUGAGGACUGGGGACCAUGGAGACCCAGGGAGCCAGCCUCGCCCUGGCGCGCUGGUCACUGUGGCUACUGCUGCUGGGACUGGUGCUGCCCUCGGCCAGUGCCCAGGCCCUCAGCUACAGGAAGGCUGUGCUUCGUGCUGUGGAUCAGUUCAACAAGCGGUCCUCAGAAGCUAAUCUCUACCGCCUCCUGGAGCUAGACGCUACACCCAAUGAUGAGGUCGACCCAGGCACCAGAAAGCCUGUGAGCUUCACAGUGAAGGAGACCGUGUGCCCCAAGACGGCCCAGCAGCCCCUGGAGCAGUGUGAAUUCAAGGAGAAUGGGCUGGUGAAACAGUGUGUGGGGACAGUCACCCUGGACCCAUCAAAUGACCAAUUUGACAUAAACUGUAAUGAGCUUCAGAGCGUCAGAAUUCCUCCAACAUUUGAUCCACCGUUUGUGCCACCGUUUGGGCCACCAUUUGGUCCACCGUUUCGGCCACCGUUUGGUCCACCAUUUGGUCCACCGUUUGGGCCACCGUUUCGUCCACCAUUCGGUCCACCGUUUGGACCCCCAUUUCCAUUUCCUGGGCCAAGAUUUCCCGGUAGACGGUGACCAAUAGGCAGAUAACUCCCUGAUAAGGGCUUCUGAUGAAUCAGAAGCCCAGAGAAGACCUCUUGGGAUCUCUUUUGCCCUGAGUCAGC